AUGGAAUAUCCCUUCUACUCUGCUGCUCGGCAAUACCCGCUGUUCUCGGUAGCGCAUCCUCAGCCAACGGAAACUCCGCCGCCCAAUCAAUUCCAGCUCCAACUUGACCAAGAGCACUUCGAUCCUACAUACCAACCGCUUGAUAGCCAGUUCGCUUUCGAUUCUUCUGCUCUCCUCGGAACGCCCGCGCCACCGUCAUCAGAUAACUAUGGGAAAUAUCCACUCAAUUCCCAUAUUAUUGAUGAUAACGACAAUGGCAGCAAUAGCAAUGGCGCUACGCAAGUUAUAAGCGGACGCGAAAUGCAGGAGGUUCCAGCAGACUUCAACCACCAUAGCAGCAGUGAGGAGAAGGAAACAUUGACACCAGCCCAAAGCAGACGAAAGGCGCAAAAUAGAGCUGCUCAACGGGCCUUUCGAGAACGAAAGGAACGACGUGUUCGCGAUCUUGAGCAGGAGUUAAACGAAUACAAAAGUAACUAUUCUUCUCUAAUGGAAGAUAACGAAAGCCUAAAAAGGCAAAUGGCAAAAGUUGCGAUGGAAAAUGAAAUUCUUCGAGCUACGUCAAUCAACAGUACGGGCGCAAGCGGUGGUCAUGAUCACGAUCCGCAACCCACCACAACAGGGCCUUUAAGAUAUUUGCCAACCGACAAUUUCUCGAGCAAUGGAAAGAAGAAGGAUCCAGUUCAUCGCAUCGCGGUUAGCAGGACAACGGGAGAAAAACUGCUAGAUGUAUCCGCCACGUGGGAUCUGAUCGUGGGCCAUUUGUCGAAACAGGGCUUGAACCUGGAUGUUCAGGAUAUAUACGACAGGCUAAAAAGACAUACUCAAUGCGAUGGACAGGGGCCGGUUAUUGAGGAAGCACAUGUGUUUCAGGCUAUUGAGGAAAGUAUCGCAUCUGGGAGCGGCGAGCUGAUCAAGAUUUGA